CCGUGGGAACUGGACCUUACGACGGCUUGGCAUCCGCAUCCACAGCGGCAUCCUCCCCGCAUAGACAAAUAGCUCCGGGCUCCACAUGCUGCGGCGGCAUACCAACACCUAGUCUCCCUCCCUCGCUCUCUCCCAGCAAGUACCUAACUUAUUACGGCCGCUUAGAGCAUUCCCUCGUCGGCAUCGCUUCCUGCCCUCGUUAGAACCGACGACUUUACAACACCAACGUCUGCCGUCCUCAUUACUUCGCUUUGCCGGCGACGUAUCUAGUAUCUGAAAACAAAACCCCCGACAAACCGGGACGAGCGGACUCGAAAGUCGAGCAUCCGAGUUAAAAUUCUAGCGGAAAACCCCGUUCCAACCCGCCGCAGCCUCGCCAUGCCCCGAAAGCUGCAUGCGAUCUUGGCCUCAACCCUCGCCUCCGUCCUCCUCUUGACCCCAACAACCGUCAUCUCCUCCUUCCCCCGCGACUUUGGUCCCGCAAUACCGCCAAACGACCACGUCAAUUUCCAUUACUUUGCCGUCAAACUCGACCCGCCGCCGCCGCAUGUUUCCUCCGCCGCAGCAGCCCUCGACGAUGACUAUUACCAAACCCUCGCAAAGGACAUCGGCACCACCCUCGGCGUGCAUACACUCGGCCGCGUCGGCCAACUGCAAAACUACUACCUUUACGCAGCAUCGAAAGACCAGACACUGUUCGGGCGGUCCCAAGAGCAGGUGGAGGCUGAGCGGACCCACCACGAAAAGCGGUUCGCAUCAAAGCCCAACGUAGCAUGGGUAAAGACGCAGAUCCCGCAGCGGAGAUUGUUCGCGCGCGCACCGACGCCCGCGCCGCAGAAUGAACGCGGGCGGCCGUUUCGGUUGGGCGAGAUUAUGAAGGAGCUGGGGAUUGAGGAUCCGGGGUUUCAGAAUCAGUGGCAUUUGGUGAAUACGGUGACGAUUGGGAAUGAUAUGAAUGUUACGGGGGUGUGGCGGCAGGGUAUCACGGGACAUAAUGCGACGGUGUGUUUUGUUGAUGAUGGGCUCGAUUAUGAGAACGAGGACCUUACAGAGAACUUUUACGCCGAGGGCUCAUAUGACUACAACACGCACGUAGCAUCCCCCAAACCCAAAGAAAUGGAAGACCACCACGGCACCCGCUGUGCCGGCGAAGUAGCCGCUGUAAAGAACAAAGUCUGUGGUGUAGGGGUCGCUUACAACGCCAAAGUCUCAGGCGUCCGGAUCCUCGGCGGCGAGCUAACCGAAGCCGACGAAGCGGCCGCCAUCAACUUCGACUUCCACAACAACCACAUCUACUCCUGCUCCUGGGGCCCGACCGACGACGGGCGCGCCAUGGAAGCGCCGCCGCAAAUUGUGUCCGAUGCUGUGCGGAAUGGGAUUGAUAAGGGGAGGGAUGGGCUUGGCUCGAUUUUUGUGUUUGCGAGUGGGAAUGGGGCGGCGAGUGGGGAUCAUUGUAAUGCGGAUGGAUACACGAACAGCAUUUACACCGUUACGGUCGGAGCGCUGGACCGGAACAACCAGCAUCCGAUAUACUCCGAAGCUUGCAGUGCUGUUAUGAUCGUCAUGUACAGCAGCAGUGGGGCUCACUUGGAUGCGAUUUACACCUCCGAUUGGAGCUCGCAGGGGUCGCAGUGUACGAAUGCACAUGGAGGCACGUCGGCGGCCGCCCCGUUGGCUUCUGGAGUGUAUGCUCUGGUCCUUCAAAUACGCCCGGACCUCACCUGGCGCGAUAUCCAACACCUAACGGUACGCACCGCCCUCCCCGUCAACCGCCAAGACCCCGGCUGGUCCCCCACCGCACAAGGCCGCCCCUUCAAUAACAAGUUCGGCUUCGGCAAACUUGACGCCUACACCACCAUCGAAGCCGCCAAAACCUUCCAGAAAGUCAACCCGCAAACCCACCUCACCUCACCCGUCAUUAUCACCAACGCCGCCAUCCCCGGCGACGGCAGUCUGGUGGAGAGCGCCUUUGAGGUUACGGAGGCCGUGGUGGGGGGUGCCAAUAUGAAGAGGAUUGAGCAUGUUACAGUGACGGUAGAGAUUGCGCACCCGAGACGGGGGGAUGUGGAGGUGGCGCUUGUGAGCCCGAGGGGUAUUGUGAGUGAGUUGUGUGCGGCGCGGCCGAGGGAUGCGAAAGGGCUUGGGUUUCGGAAUUGGACUUUCAUGAGUGUUAAGCAUUGGGACGAAGACCCCCGCGGCACCUGGAAGAUUCAAAUCAAAGACGCCCAACAACAAGGCACGCGGGGCACAUUCCACUAUUGGUGGAUGACCAUUUGGGGCGAACAACAUUCGGCGUCCGCCUCCCCAACCCCACCAAAUCCCACAUCCACCAUCAUUGCCUCCCCAACAUCAACCCCCUUCUCUCCAACCCCAACACACACAACCUCCCUCGGGGCUUCAACCCUCCCCGCCUCCCCAACCCCAACAUCCCCCAACCUCUCCACCCCCCCAGCCGUGCCAGCAACAUCAUCACCAGGCUACGCGCUAGCAUUCGGCUUCUUAAUCCUUGGCGCGGCAGGCGGCGGGUUUUACGUCAUCAGAAGACGAAGGCUCGGCACAAUGGGGUUGGGUACAGGUGCCCGGAAGUCUUUCGGAGGAGGGGGAGGCCCUAGUGUGGACGAGUACGAGUUCCGGAUGUUGAGUGAUCAUGAGGUUGAUGCCGCGUUUGAGGAUGAGGACGACGCUGGAGUCCAAGUGGGGCUUGUGGCGGGCAGGCAGGGGAGAGGUGGGGAUAUGGGCGCGGGUAAUGGAGCUGGGAAUGGAGGGAGUGGGAGGGGCGGACAGCAGGAACGGUUUGUGUUGGAGCAUGGGGAGGAUGAGGACGCGGAGGCGUUUGAGCGGUAUCAUGAUGAUGAGGAGGAGGAGGAGGGCGCGGGGGGGACCAGUUUCCGUGCCUGAAGGGUCCGUGCCUGCAUCGAAACCGCAAAGUUUUUUUUGGAAAUGAACCGCACAGGCCUGAAACUGGGCUCGGCACUCCAGCCUUCUUUGCGCACCUUCGAGCUUCACGAGGAGUUUUUGCGCGUGUGGGGCUGCGGUUCUGCUAUUUACUUAGACGUGUCAACCCCAAUGAGCGAGGCGGAUUUCUGUGUGUAAAUUAAACACUUCGUUAUAAAGUCUUUGAUAUUCCA